CUUUCCGCUUCCCCCUAACGCGGAAAGAGCUGGUUUGUCCCUCGCAGGGAGCCGUCCGCAGCGGGAGGUGCUGCCUUCCGGUUUGGGUCACGUGAUGGCAGCGGCUGCGCGCGUGGUCCGCAAGGAGACGCCGGCGAUGACUUACACGAUCCAGUUUUGAUUUGCACCGCUACCAAUUGAGCGAGUUGUUUUUCUUCGAACAAGUCAUUGAAUGAGGAGCGGCACAAUGAAUAAGAACCUGGGUUGUUUUAUAAGGGCCAUUAGGCAAAUGCAGGCAUGCCCUUCUGCCGUGAGACCUAGUUCUCAAACAGUGGUGAGAACAUAUGCGUUGGUGACUUAUGGCCGUGAAAGCUGUGUACAAAGUUCUUAUCUCAGGCAAUGCCCAUUGUACAUAUCUCCUUGCUGGCUUCGGUUGUCUGCUAGGUUUUUUUCUCAAGACACCUUCAUUCUUGGCGCAGAAAGUACCAGCGCAAAUGAACAGAGAGACACUAAUGGUUUGUUAGAUGAUCAAAUGCAAAGCUCUAGACCAGUGACUGUAGAACUCGCCAAACCUCCAUCUGGUUCCAUGGUCACUGGAGCAACAGAAGGAAGCGCAGGUGAAGAAACGGAUGAAAGGUCUGUGACCCGGCAGUUCUUCGAUGACCUUCAAAGGUGCGCGUCCCCUUGCGAUGUCCUAGACUUGGUUCCGAGGUACCCAAUUACCUCAAAGUACAUCAGCAACUGCCUGGCCUCUAUGUGGAUGCUGACCAAAAGACUGUCGGAAGAGCAGAAGCAUUAUGAGAGACAGCUGAUGUUCCAGCACCCUCAGUUUGGCCAGGUCUGCCAGUUCACGAUGCAGGAGGCCAAGUACAUGUGGCACGAUGACUUGGCGUACAGCCUGCAUGCGGUGGUGAGGCUUGGAGUCCCGCAGAAUACUCGGUUGGUUCAGACCAUGUUGAGGGUAUGCCAGGAGCGUCUGAAUGACUUUGAUGACCGAAGUCUUUCUGUCAUCGCCUCUACCGUGCAAGGGAUGGAUAAAUGCAAGAACGUGGAAGCUCUCCAAACUGGAAUGCAAUUGCUGGUGGAGCAGCGAAUCCCCAAGAUCUCAAGCAUGUUUAUACUGCAAACGCUGAUGAAAUGUAUCGGACAGGACUCGCCCUUGUCUCUUAAGACAAAAGUGGAGAACAAGCUUUUGAGUCAACUCAACCAGCUGACGCUCCCCAAUGCUCUGCAUAUGUUCAGCGCGCUGGCUGAAAUGAAUCACCGCUCCAUUCCCAUUCUGAACGUGUGCAGUGACAAAGUAAUAGAGAAUAUCGAGGGAAUUUCAUUCUGGCGAUUGCUAACUGUUUUGAGAUCGUCCAAUGACCUUCUGUAUCGUAACACUACACUCUUCUCUGCAAUAGCCAAUUACAUUGCAUCAGCCUUCUACAUGUGGGACAACAAACAGAUAGUGCUCUUCCUUUCGGCCUUUGAGAAUCUUGGCUUUCGCCCAGUCGAGCUGAUGAAUACUUUUGCUGAGAAAAUGAUAUUGCAUCCCGAUUCCUUGAACAUGAAGGAUAUUCUGAUUGUUCUUCGAGCCUAUUCUCUGCUCAACCAUGUCCCUCAAGGCCAAGAACAGCAGUUCCUCCAGGUUCUGAAUGACGGCUUGACUGGCUACCUGGCCAGGAUCCCAAAUGUGGAGUUACUGAGAGCUGUAUACUCGUUCUGCAUUUUAGGAUAUCUUCCCCAGCCAGCCCUUGAUCAGCUGCUACAAGAUGAAGUCCUUCUCGAUCUGAUGACCAAAGAUGGGCAGAACUUUGAGCAAAACGAAAUGAUGUUGCGUACCGUGAAUAUUUGCCUAGCGCUCGAGGGUCAUUCUACCCCCAAGCCAGGAAUAUCCUUAUGGGCAGAGAAACAGGCCUCUCCUUCCUUUUCUCUGUUUCCUGAGAUCCAGGAGGUCCUCUUCACGCUCCUGGGAGACGCAAGCCUGUUUCGACCAAAUGUGAAGGUGACUCACGGCUACAACAUAGAUUUUGAAAUCCUCCUGGGUGCCAGUGGAAGGGUGGUGGCCAGCAGCAAAGCCGAGCAGCCAGGAGAUGAUCCCAGAAUUCAGAGGGUGGCCAUUCUGUGUGCCCCCGUGUCUGCUUUCUGCAUGGGCUCAAGGCACCCCCGUGGCAGGUUGGCCAUGAAGAUGAGGCAUUUGAGACUGCUGGGCUAUCGCGUGGUCCUGGUUCAUUACCCGGAAUUUCAAAAACUGAAGAAAGACGAGGCGGUUCAAUUCUUGAAAGGAGAAAUAUUUUCAUCAGAAUAACAUCUCAUCUCUGAUUAGAACACCCAGCGCGGCUGUUUAAGUGAAUGGAUGACAUUGUGAAAUUUUGUACCCUUCGGGAAAGAACCAUGAAUAAGAUUCUUUAACUCUUGCGUCGUUUGCCCUUCUCUGUUUUAACUGAUGGUUUUAGAAUCUUGUCUGCCUGAUCACAUUCAUUCUAAAAGGAAGGAAGGACACACAGUUACCUGUUACACCCCUUAAGGUGGAAAUGGAAGAGGAUGUAGGAAUAUGUAAAAGGAGAAUACAAUAUGUACACUGUAGAUUAAUAAUUAUGCAGAAUGAAUAUGACCUGCAUGAAUUGUCUCUAUUCCUUGUAAAAAUAAACAUUGGUGUAGUGAUA